UCGGGCUAAGGAGAGAGAGGACAAGUGCGCCUGAAUGUUAGGGAGAAUUUCCUGAGAACUCUGCACUCCCUGCCACUCGUGUAGUCCCUUAUCCUUUGGCCCGUCCCACCUGUGGCCACUUUCUCCUUCUCUGUCUCCUCUUUGUUUUGUUUGCCAGUACAAUGACUGUGGGGAACAUGGAGAGCGCUGAGCUGUUUGAUGCAGGGAAGAAAGGUCGAGGUCUAAGGGCUACCAAAGAGCUCAACACCGGGGAAGUGGUCUUCGCAGAGCCCAGUUUCUCUGCUGUGGUCUUCGACAGUUUGGCCACUCAGGUCUGCCACAGCUGUUUCCGGCAGCAGGCCAAACUGCACCGCUGCGCCCAGUGUAAGUUUGCCCAUUACUGCGACCGCACCUGCCAGACUGCGUGCUGGAAGGAACACAAGCAGGAGUGUGGAGCCAUAAAGAAGAUCGGCAAGGCGCCUAGCGAGAACGUUCGUCUGGCUGCUCGUGUCCUGUGGCGUAUACACAAGGACACAGGCAUUGUGUCUGACAGUCAGCUGAUCUCAGUGGACCAGCUGGAGGACCACGUGGCUGACCUGUCUGAACAAGACCUCAAACAGCUCAAGACUGACGUGCACAACUUCCUGGAAUACUGGUCUUAUGGAAGGAAGCAGCACUCCGUCGAUGAAAUCUCACACAUCUUUGGCAUUAUCAAGUGUAAUGGAUUCACACUGAGUGACCAAAGAGGCCUGCAGGCUGUUGGUGUGGGUCUUUUCCCCAACCUGUGCCUGGUCAACCACAACUGCUGGCCCAACUGCACCGUCAUCCUCAACCACGGCAACCAGUCAGCUGUGAAUUCCACUCUCCACUCUCAGAGGAGGAUUGAGCUGCGAGCUAUGGGGAGAAUCCCCGAGGGUGAGGAGUUGACUGUCAGCUAUGUGGACUUCCUCAACCUGUCUGCUGACCGCCAGAAGAAGCUGAAGGAGCAUUUCUACUUUGACUGUACCUGCGAACAUUGUAGCCAGCACAUUAAGGACGACCUGAUGAUGGCUGCUGCAGAGAGUGAGGGGAAGAAACCCUCUGCUGAGAAGGUGAAAGAGGUGACUGCCUUCAGUAAAGAGUGUCUGGAGAAGAUUGAAAGGUCCCGGACUGAGAGGGAUUACCACGAGGUGCAGAAGUUGUGUCUUGAGUGUCUGGAGAAGCAGGAAAACGUCCUGGCUGACACUCACCUGUAUAGACUGCGUGUGCUCAGCGUUGCUAGUGAGGUGCUUUCAUACCUGCAGUUGUUCUCUGAGGCUGCAGACCACUCCCGCAGGAUGCUGGAGGGAUACAUGAAGUUGUACCACCCCAACAACGCCCAGUUGGGCAUGGCCAUCAUGCGAGUGGGCAUCACCCACUGGCAAGCAGGGCAGAUAGAGGCGGGUCACAGUAUGAUCUGCCAGGCCUACAGCAUCCUCAUGGUCACCCAUGGACCCAACCAUGCCAUCACCAGAGACCUGGAGUCCAUGCGCAGGCAGACUGAGAUGGAGCUGAAGAUGUUUAAGCAGAAUGAGCAUGUGUACCAAACCAUGAGAGAUGCUGCUCUGAAGAAAUGAAAGGAUCAAAGGCCUUUUCCACAAGCAAUAAUCACCUCCAUCACCGAAGAUUGAAAAACCUGCUGAUGUUCUGACACGUCUUACUGUGCACCGCCAUGUGCACACACCUUAUGUCCUCUAAAGCACUGCCCCCAGCCCCUGUGUUGGGUCUCUGAAUUGCCAGUCUGUCUGAUGAUUCAGCUAAUAUCAACAUGUGCAGAUGUAACGCAACAUGUCGCAUGUAUCUGCAUGCACAGUAUCUGCAAUAAAAACGAAGAUACAACAUGUGUCCAUCCACGCCCUCCUCCACCCAACCGGAUAUUAUUUUGAUUCUUCAUAUGCUAUCUAUUAAGCAGAGCUCAAUUAUAUUGUCUGUACAUUUUAUUU